UGGCAGCGGGAGGACACGCCACGCCCGAUGCUCGUGGCAUACCAUGUUAAAGCCAUGCCCAUGUGCUGUGAUGUGAUGCCAAAUCAUGGAACCCGCUCCUCAAUGCGCCGUUCGAGAAGAAGCAACGAGAAUGUUGUGCCACGCCUCACGACCCUACAGUAUAGACUUCUUCCGGAAAGUGCUCACUUCUUCUAUCACAUGGUGGCGGUCUUGGUAUUGUGCGCAACGACUCGAUUGCUGGCAUCGGAACAAUGAACGGUGAGAGAAGGAU